GCUGAAGGGACGCGGCGGCGGCGGCGGCGGCGGCGGCGGAGGAAGCGAGCGGCGGCGGCGAAGGGGAGGGGAAGCCGCGGGGCAGGAAGAGCCGGCUCGCGAAGGGAGGGGCCGCGAGGGGAGGCCUCCGCGCAGGCGCACCGCGGGCCCCUCCCCGCCGAAGCGCCCCCCCGCGCGCCGAGGGGUCCUGACAGGCCGAGCGAGGCAGCCGCUCGAGACUCCGCCCGGGAGGGGCCGCCGGCCGGGGGGGCACCAUGUCCUCCCCCAGCCCGGGCAAGAGGCGGAUGGACACCGACGUGGUCAAGCUUAUUGAGAGUAAACAUGAAGUCACCAUCCUAGGAGGACUCAAUGAAUUUGUAGUGAAAUUCUAUGGACCACAAGGAACACCGUAUGAAGGUGGCGUGUGGAAAGUUAGAGUGGACCUUCCUGACAAAUACCCCUUCAAAUCCCCGUCUAUAGGAUUCAUGAAUAAAAUUUUCCAUCCCAACAUUGAUGAAGCGUCAGGAACUGUAUGUCUAGAUGUAAUUAAUCAGACUUGGACAGCUCUCUAUGAUCUUACCAAUAUAUUUGAGUCGUUCCUGCCCCAGUUGCUGGCCUAUCCCAACCCCAUAGACCCCCUUAAUGGUGACGCAGCAGCCAUGUACCUUCACCGACCAGAAGAAUACAAACAGAAAAUUAAAGAAUACAUUCAGAAAUAUGCAACAGAGGAAGCACUAAAAGAGCAGGAAGAAGGGACCGGAGACAGCUCUUCCGAGAGCUCCAUGUCUGACUUUUCAGAGGACGAGGCCCAGGAUAUGGAAUUGUAGUAGAAGCAGCGUCCUGCUUUUCGGAAAGACUGACUUCCUAACCAUGCGCUGAGAAGCAGACUGUAAUAUUCAUAUUUAAACAAAGCAAUUUUUUAUUACUAAACAAGGUUUUUAUGAAUAAUAGCAUUGAGAUAUAUAUACAUAUAUAUAUAUCACCCUUUAGAUCUUGAUUUUUUUUUCUUUCGGUCAUUUCUCAGAGCCCAAAAUGCAUUGCAGUGCAUUUCCGACAUUCCACUUGGUAGCAAUAUGAACCUGGGUGCGUGCUUGCAUCCAUUCAUAAUUCCAUUUCAGCCGAGUCAACCCUAAGCUGCUGCUUUGCUCGGGAGAGAGUGGAUAUUCCCAUUUUGUUUUUUUCCUGGUUUUUCUUUUUCUUUUUAGUUAAGUGUUCCAAAGACAGCAGACGCCCUUGGAUGCAAACAUGGAACAGCACUUUCAGAAUGUAAAGGAGAAAUAUUUGGGGGGUGGGGGGAUAAAUGAUGGAAAGAUGAGGCAGUGAAGUCAACGGUGCUCCUUCAUUUCAACUUGGCUGCUUACACGUUUGGAUGGAGUUAACCUUUUUUUUCCUUUAAAAAAAAAUCCACCAACUGAAUGCAUGGAGCUCUUGAAGUGUCAGAUUUUUACAAAGCAGCUGUGAUUCCAAGUAUGCUUUUUUUAUGGACUUCCUGUCUGCUUACACUGGUGAUGGUAGUGAUGGUGGUGAUGGUAUCUAGUUUGCUUGGGGAAACUUUUGAAAGCCAGCAUCUCAACAGUAGUCACCUCGUUCCUCCGGAUUCUCAGUCUGUCUCCCUUCUCCUUUUAAGGGACAGGAAGCAAGCAAGCCCUGCCCAAGGGUGGGGUAUCUAACUCGGAGUACAUUGAACCCGGUCCAUUCUGGUCCCCUUGUCCAAACCACCAGCAGUAGUAAUUCUACACACACAAACACACCCCUUCUUGCUCUCUUGAUGUUUCUGCAAACGCUGUCAAGGUGAACUUCAGUAAGAGCUUUCUGACCAGGUGGAUUUGGCCAAGUGCUCCGAGCCUGUGAAAGGUGGCAUUGGCACUUUUCAUCCCUGGUCAUAAUUCCCUCCUUACCCCCCACCCUGUGCCAAUGCUUGCUGUCAGUUCCAGUUUCAGUUUGCUGUGCUUGGGUGAGCAGGCCAGACAAUCUGAGAAAUCCCACCACGAUGGGCUGGAAGGGCACUCUUCUUAAAGAAUGGGGGAAAUGGCUAAUGAAGGUGGUGUCUGAGAUACUCCAAAUGAGAAUUCCUUCCUUCCUUUGCUAAUUGAAUGCAUAAGGAACCUCAGACCAGAAAUGCCUACCUGGGAUGUUGAUGAUGCUUGAAUAUGGAUAAUAGCAGGAGUGUUGGUAAGAUGGAGCUGCACCCUGGAUGUUGCUUCCUCUGCAUUUCUAGAUAUUUUGGGACAGGAUGUUGAGGGGAGGGCUGGGGGGGGCUUGGUGCAUCUUCUAGGAUCAGCAUACAGAACUUGGGUGACUCGAGCAGUUGAAUGUCAAGAGAAGCUUGGUAAAUUGUAUUAUUUUCCCCCGUUGCUUAAAUGCCACUGGAGUUUGGAGUCGGGGAGUUUGUGUGUGUUUGGGGGGGUGAGGGUAACAAAAGAGUACAAUCUUAAACCGUGAUCAAUUUGCUUUCUUCCCUUUUGGAAAGAUCUGUAAAGUAGAACUUAACUUUGGCAUGAUUAUUUUCCUUUAAUAAAGCAAAAGCUUACCAAGUAUUCGAACUACAGGCAUAAAGCAAAAAAAAAAAAUUAAUAGUAAUAAUCUUUUCCUUUUCGCAAACAUUGAAAAAGUGGUGAAAUCGGGCUGUGGUUAGUAGCUGUGAACUGACUGUGCGACAGGAGAUGGCAUUCCGUCACUCUGGGUCUUGAUAGAAGACAUGGAGGGGCUGUUCCUACAGCAGGACCCUCUAGAUUACCUGUCCCUAACCUGGUGCCCUCCCGCAACUGCCAUCCCAGCACAGCCACGGGUGGGUGGGAGGGCACAUGAUGGGGAUGGUCUGCCUUAAAUGUGCUGCUAAUUGGUCUACCUGUGAAAUGACCUCUAGGUGCUGUUUGGCCUAGACUUGAGUGCCAAGCUAUCUAUCAUGAUAGGAGUACCAAUUUAAACAAAAUAAAUGGUUCCCUUCUUCUGCUCCCCAGGAUUGUAUAUAUAAAUGCUAGUGUUCUAAUUCCCUUUAUGCAGGUAAUCUUUUUUUUAAAAAAAAAAUUAAUAAAGUCUGAAUCCUGAUAUUUUUUGAGAUUUUGACAACACUGCACUUGUAAAUUAAGACUCCUUUUUUUCCCCCUAAGCAAAGCCACAAUUCUGGUUUUAAUUAAGGAGAGAAAACAAAAGAUUUCCAACAAAGAGGUGACCCAUGUUUACACAAAGUUCCCCCCAAACAUGACCCUGGCUCCUGCUUUCCCUUCUAAGUCUCUGGUUCGCAAAGGCCCUUUUUGGCAUCUGUCACUGCAUCUUAUCCCUUGAAUGUUCAUGGCUCAGAUGAAGAUUUAAGGUGAUCCCUCUUCUUUCUGUCAGCUAGAAUUGGUUCUUGAACAUAAGCAUCACACACACAGCCUUACACACACACUUGCAAACAGUUCUGACAUUCAUUGAUGUAGUAUUGACUUAACCUAGUGAUCAUGGCUGGCCAAAUGUUUGUGAUUUCAUGGGAUCAAGCUUGAAAGAAACAGUUUGUGAGGAACCACCUCAGAAGCAUUUAGCUAAAUGGAGCGAUUUUCAGCUCUGUCUCCUUCACAUUGCUGAUCUUGGAACAGGUUGCUCUCUGUUCCUUUUCCCUCCCCAACCACUUUCCUUUCUUCCUCUGGCUUGUUAAGAUCUUUGCUCGCUGUUUGAUGAACAGUCUUCAGUUGAUUAUGCCAUCAUCAUAACUGCCAACCGCUGGUGGUGCUGAUGUCUCUUUUCAGACUGCCUGUUGAGAUGACAAUCCAAUCUUCAGAUUUAAUUGUUGCUGAGCAAAUCCCUCUGAGUGCUGUGCCAUCUGCCUGGGAAACUUCCCACAUCCUUUUUGAUUUGCAAUCCAGUCCUGUCUUCAGGACGUUUUCAAAGUUUUCCUUGAAGCACACAUUUCCUCCAUCUUUUCUCUUACCGCCUCCCCGAUUCAUCUGUUGAACAGACUCUUAAGCAGCUCUUGCUGUAUUUUAAGUUACAAAAUUAAAAUGUAGAUGGAAGUGAAGCUGCAGGGCCACACAUCACACUGACCAGAUGACCCUGGUCUUGUCCCCUUAAUUCAAGUUGGUAGCACGUGGAGAUUUUUAUUUUUUUGGUUUGAGCAGAGAUGGGUCAACAAAGAUGUAAAAUCAAGAGUUCUGGGACAGCUUCUGUAAACUCUUGUUUCCUGGUUGGUGUCUUCUUUCCUUUGGGAGCAGGGAGGAGACUUGAAAGAUGGAAAAUAUUUCAGCUUUUGGACCAUGCUGGUGUUCUGCAGCUAGAUUUGGAACGAGUAGCGAAGGGUAGAGUUAACAUGGGGAUGGUCAUAGCAAUGUGCACUGUCCCAGGUUGGGAUCUAGGACAUUGAUUUCUCUAGCGCUGUGUUGUUCUGGCACUUGAAGCAGGGGUGGAUGCAACAUGAGAAAUGGCCAGGUUUUUUUGUUUUCGUUUAAUUUCCCAGAGUGUAUUUGGUACAUUGUGUGAAUACUUGAAGAGGUCAAACAGGAUGUCCAGCCCUUCCAUGGGCGUCUGAGCUGCCCCAGCUCCCCCUCUUUGCAUUGCAAUGAUGUCGUGGGGGGGCCAGACCCUGUGGCGAAUGCCUCUUCUAAGGAUUAUAACCUCUCAGAAUAGUUGUGUAUAAUAAAAGAAACUGUAAACUUUUUAAAAAAUAAAAUAUGUAUAUACCUUG